UGUUUUCUAAACGUUUGUUAGUUUGUAUUAUACCAGUGACUUCAAUGUUGAUGGUUUUAAAUUAUAUCAAUUGCAUUAUUUGUAGAAAGCAACGGAUUGGAAUGAAAGCUAAUGGCGCACAAAAUAUAAUUUGAUCCUUUUACGCAUUCUAGCCUGAAUGCGUUAUGGAAUAGGACUAGCCUGCAUCUGAGCUUUCGAACCAGACUAACACAUGAUUCUUCUCCUGACACUUAUACCAAGUCGUUCUCUCCGUUGUCUUUUUAUUUCUUGCAAUUAAUCCAUUGCAACGUCUAGCCAUUUAGCUCACCUGACGCAUCUUGUGUGGGUUUUAGUCCUACCCCGCAGAUUUAUGUAAUCGUUCUUUUUCCCGUAAGAAGUUUUUGAAAUGAAGAGUGCGAGUAUUGAGAGACGUAUAGGCACUUUGUUGUUGCUGCAUUCCGCUAUACUGCUGGGUUUGUUUCACGUUGGCGCACUGGAGGCAAGGAAGCUACGGGGCGGCCGCGUGCAACCCCGGAGAGCUAUGCAGUCCCCACCAUUACCGUACAGGGACCGGGUAGUAGAAGGGACCGGUGCGGGAGUCAGUGAGAGCUUUCCGUUGGACUUUACAGCCGUUGAGGAUAACAUGGAAAACUUCAUCAGCCAAAUUAAAAACCUCUCCAAGUCGCUGUACCCGUGCUCUGCGCAGAAAUUAGACCAUGACAUGAGGCUGCACUUCCUGAAGAAUUCAUCUGUAACGUGUAACGAUGGGUCCCCAGCUGGAUACUACUUGAAGGAGUCAAGAGGCAGUAGGCGGUGGUUGAUAUUCCUGGAAGGUGGGUGGUACUGUUUCAACAAGCAGACCUGUGGCGCCAGGUAUCAAACCAUGACAAAACUCAUGAGCUCCACCAAGUGGCCGCUCACCAGAACAGGUACAGGUAUUCUGUCACCCCAGCCAGAAGAGAAUCCUUAUUGGUGGAAUGCCAACAUGGUUUUCCUCCCUUACUGCUCCAGCGAUGUGUGGAGCGGAGCUACAGCGAAGACAGACCAGCGUGACUAUGCGUUUAUGGGCUCAGUGAUAAUUGAGGAGGUGGUGAAUGAGCUCCUCACUAAAGGAAUGGACAAUGCCAAGAUCCUUCUACUGGCUGGGAGCAGUGCGGGAGGUACCGGGGUUCUGUUGAAUGUGGACCGCGUGGCCGAGCAGCUGGAGUCCCGGGGCCACAGGGAGAUCCAGGUCCGCGGCCUGGCGGACUCCGGCUGGUUCCUGGAUAACAAGCAGUACAGAACCUCGGACUGCCAUGACACCGCCAGCUGUGCCCCGACCGAGGCCAUCAGGAGGGGGAUGAGGUACUGGGGUUGUGUGUUGCCGGAACACUGCAGUCAGACUCACGUCGGAGAGGAAUGGAACUGCUUCUUUGGAUAUAAAAUCUACCCCACGUUAAAGAGUCCAGUGUUUGUGGUCCAGUGGUUGUUUGAUGAGGCCCAGUUAACAGCGGACAACGUUCACCUGACCGGCCAGCCGGUCCAGGAGGGACAGCUGCGUUACAUCCAGGACCUGGGCCACCAGCUGAGGAACACACUCAAAGACGUCCCGGCCUUGUUUGCUCCCGCCUGCCUGUCCCAUGAGGUCAUCACCAGGAAUUACUGGACAGACAUCCAGGUGAAAGGCACCUCCCUCCCCAGAGCCCUGCACUGCUGGCACCGCGGCCUCCGUGACGACAAGCUCCAUCCGCUCUCCUCCGAUAGCAGCCACGGCAACAACCCAGGCCAGUCAAACAAGACCCAGCCUCUAGCCCCGCCCCAGAGGGGCUGUCCCCUGCACCUGAUUGACAGCUGUCCCUGGCCCCACUGUAACCCGACCUGCCCCACAAUAAGAGACAAGAUCAGCGGACAGGAAAUGAGUGUGAUCCAGUUCCUCAAACACAUGGGGUUUGACGUAGCCAAGAUGGCCCAGAAGCAGGGCAUGGACCCUACCAAAUUACUGGGGAUGCUCAAUAAUGGGAACUGAGGAGGUAAAAGAGAAUGCGCACGCACACACACACACACACACAGACAUGCAUGCACGUUAAAGCAUUGACUUGGGAGAAACUGUUAGAGAUGUUCAACUAUGACAUCUUAAUGGACGGGUGUGGCAUAUGCUUUGUUGGGUAUGAACGGAACUCAGUGCCACAGAUUAGCAACACUACUCAACUCUAGGCAACACAACGGAGCUGAACGCAACCCAAAACCAAACUGAACCGAAACAUAAAGGGGACUGGGCUAAGCUGAAUGGACCCAGCAGCAGUUGUCAGAACCCAAUUCGAUCCGGGGUGACUAAUCAGAACUCAACGGAGCAGAACUCACAACUUCGACCACAGCGUCUAGGGGACUGGACAGGACUGAACGCCAUGCAACUUAUUCUAAGUAGAAACGCUGAGUAGGACGCAGCCAGAGGACUGCUUAGUUUGAGUUAAAACUGACCAGUACUGAACUGACGCUAAGGGCAACUCAUCUGGGAACUAUGCUAUACUGAAAUCAGGGACACAAACAUCAUCCGUUUUAUAAAGCUGUUCACCUGUAUUUUCAAUCAUUGUUAGUUUAAAUGUAAAAACAAAGAACUUGUGUAUAUUAUCGUAGUAGUAUGAAAAUAUGAAUAACAUAUGCAUGCAUCAAGCUGUACUCAAAUGACAUGUUCCUAGUCUACUUGGUGUUUUGACCGACAGAGUAGCUACAGAAUCAAACUCGUUCAUAGCCAGAAACACUGGUUGGACGUUGCUUCAAACUGGAAGGAAAUAAGCAUGGAAAUCAGGAUUUCCAGAAAACCUACCAAUUUUGGGAAAGUUACUGAAACGUUUCAGGCCUGACCUCACAAUUACCGGGCCUACUUGACAAACGACGGUUUGGACCGAUCACAGACGCGGGAUCUUAAUGCAUAACCAUACUACUGUCAGGAACAAGAGAGCGUGGAGACAGGUGAUGAGUGGCGGUUGAGAGGUGCUCUCUACUGGCGAUCUGGAGAAUUACAGAUAAAUAUUUGUAUUACCACUGCUUCAUGCCCAAACCCCAUCUGUAGAUACUGUAGCUAAUUUACCACUGAACUGUUGCUCUUCUUAGCCACAUAUGCUUUUACACAAGCAACAUAAAAAGGGGUCAACAUUUAUAACAUUAAUUAAUAAUUCCCUAUUUAAAAAAUAUUAUUUAAAAUGCUGGUUGGAAGAAUCCUGUAAUCUGAAAAGCGAAUAAGCUGAAUGUUUCAUCACCCAAACAGAACUGCAGGAAAUUCUGGGAAACAACUUACUCUCAACGCUGAACAAAAGCUAUUCUGGAGUUUUCCCACGUAUUUAUUGGAUUAAAUGGAUCGGAUUUAAGUUAGCUAUUUCAACAUAUGUGAUUCUUUGUAAAUUGUACAUAUAUUUUUCGCUUCUUUUAUGGUGCUGACUGCAUGUCUCUAAUAAAACUGACAAUGUAUUAUACAUGUGUUCAAUUAUAAAGCUAUUGUGAUUAUUAAUGUUUCCUAUUAGAUUUUCCACUGAAAAUUAAACGAUUAAAGAUCCUGUCCUCUUAUAAAGAAAAUCAGAUAUGACAGAUAUGGUAAAACAUAAUUUAAUGACAUAUAAUGUGAGAAAAACAAUAAAACAACAAUUUAAUAACCUAAGGUGGUUGGUCCUCAGACUGUUUUCCUGCUUAAACGAACCAAUCCGAUUGCCUGAUACUAAGAGGUGGCUUCCUCCUAUGACAACAGUAAGUGUGUGUCCCCAACGGCAGCCUAUUCACUACCCAGUGUAUCACUCUGGACCACAGUUGUUCAGGUUAUGCACUACAAAGUGUGUAGUGUGCCAUUUAUGAUAUGGAGAGAUGAGACAGAAAACGGUAUCGUACAUGUAAAAUAACCUGUUUGUUCACAGUUGGUAUAAAAGUGCUGUUUGAGAGCCAAGAACUGAACUAUUAAAAAAUUACAAAAUUAAGAAAAUAAAAAAACAUGAGAUCUUAAAAAAAGUACAAAUCCCAUAUGUCACAGACAUAACGCUGUUCACACACAGAAGCUUAUUAAAAUAUGGCUACUUGCCCAGUUCUUUAUCCCGUUGAGUAAAAGUGUACAGAAAAAACACAUUUAAUCAUUCCCUACAAUCUCAUGUCCUUACAGAAAUCUGUUUUCUCAGUUCUAAUUCAAGUCAUCUACAGAGACAAAGUUAUUGGCGGCUGAAAAUACUGAGUU